CCGUUCAAAAUUUGACCAGUCACAACAUUUUCUACCUUUCUACCGGGUUAACAUACACAUCUACCUCUCCACAAUUAUUCACUACAAUAUCACUAAUAUCGAUUAUAUAUAUAUUUUUUUUUUCAAUUUUCCCAAGAUGCCUCGCUUUCAGAACUGUUCCUCGGAAUUAAAGCGCGAUCUCUGCGAGUGCUGGCUGAUCGUGUUCUUCGGGAUAUUUGUCCGCUGGAAUCAAUGGCGUCUGUUGGCCCACGUUCCGGUGUCGCCACUGGAUCCCCUGUACACCCAUCCCGUGGCUGACAAUCAACGCUGGGCGGGAUUGUUCUUCGUCUCCGGCGUCCUGAUGGCCAUCCUGCAGUACAGACCGCUCUAUGUGCGCCGCUGUCGCCAUCGCAUCCACCUGCUGAUGCUGGUGGCCGAGAUGUGGCUGAUGCUCCAACUGGCCGAGUGGCUGGACUACCAGCUGUGGCAGCCCUUCCUGGGCAUCAUCCGCGAACUGCUCCUGGCCCUCGGACGGGCUCAGUGGGGCGCCUGGCUAUUCGGCCAUCUUCCCGGAGUUUGCGAAUGGCUUUCAAGUGGCGAUGCCUUCGACGCCUUCUGCCUGAUCUCCUCGUUCGCCAUCUUCUUCGCCGCCCUCGACUCGACGGCCGUGUACUGGCGGAAGUCGGUGAACUUCCUGCUGCUCGGCUGCUUGCCGGAAAAUCCAGACCUCACGCUGUUCAUCAAGGAGGCGCGCCAGCAAAGGGACCUCAUGCGACGGAUGAACGGCCUGCCACCGGAUCCCUCGCCCGAAACCUUGAUAUCCAGGCGCAUGUGCCACGCCUGCCGGCAGGAUACAAAGAUCAAGAACCGACGGGUUGCUUAGGUCCAUUAAGAAACCAGACCUCAAGAUACCCGAUAACCUGACAACCUGACAACCCAUUGACCAACGGAACGAACUCCUGAGGACCAAAUGAACACUUAAAAGCCUAGAAGACUUUUCAAAAGAAUCAGUGAUAUAGAACCGUAUCUACUCAAAGACAACUGCAGCUUUUUACCUUAAAUGUGAUAGGC